AUGAAAAAAUUAAGUUGCUAAAACUUAAGAAUAAAGAAAAUAAAAUAGAGGAAUGGCUCUUUUUUUUUAAAGCUGCUUGUCAAAGCCAAGAACAUAAUGCAUUGAAGCUUACAGAGGAGCUGGCACGUGUUUCUCUGGCUACUAUUUCUGAAGAUGCCAUUGAAAAUACUACUGAUGAUGAAACUGAUAAUA